AAAAAUUAAUUAAUUAUAUAUAUAUAUAUACAUAUACAUACACAGUGUACAUAUAUAACUAGGAUGCCUGUCAUCUCAUCUACUCAAAGGAAACCAAUCUUGGUUUCUCUUGUGGUCUUCAUCCUUGUAAUCGUCUUCUUCCUCUCUCCUUACCAGUCAACAUCAAUUGCGCCAUCUUCCGUUCCUCCCAAGAAUGUCGUGCCACAUGAGUUUGUAAUGCCUCCAGAUGAAGAGCAAUUCAAGGAACCUGCCUGGAAGAAUACCACCAGAGCAAAGGCUGCUUUUGUUAUCCUCACAAGAAACUCGGAACUGGAUGAUCUGCGAAAGACUAUCCAGCAAUUAGAAGCUCGAUUCAACAGCAAAUUCAAUUACCCCUAUGUCUUUUUGAACGAUGAGCCAUUCACAGAUGAAUUCAAGGAACUUACUUCAGGAUUGACAAAAGCAGAAACAAAAUAUGGCUUGAUUCCUCAGGAACAUUGGGGAUAUCCAGAGUGGAUUGAUGUUGAAAAGGCUGACAAGUUACGCCACAAGAUGGGUAAAGAUGGUAUCUUGUACGGUGACAAUCUUUCAUAUCGCCAUAUGUGCAGAUUCGAGAGUGGCUUCUUUUUCAGACACCCUUUGAUGCUCGAGUAUGAGUUUUAUUGGCGUGUGGAACCAAGUGUAGAGUUCUUUUGCGAUCUCGAUUAUGAUCCAUUCCUGUACAUGAAGGAAAACAACAAGAAAUACGGUUGGACUAUUUCUCUUUUGGAGUACGAGUCUACUAUUCCUACAUUGUGGGAAACAACCAAGAAAUUCAUGAAGGAAUAUCCUCAAUAUAUCCCCGAAAACAACCUCAUUGACUUGAUAUCCAACAAUGGAGGAGGUUCUUACAACCUGUGCCAUUUCUGGAGUAAUUUUGAGAUUGGAGACCUCAAGUUCCUCCGUAGCCCUGAGUACACAGCCUACUUUGAAUACCUCGAUCGUGCUGGUGGAUUCUUUUAUGAAAGAUGGGGAGAUGCUCCUGUCCAUUCAAUUGCUGUAGGAAUGUUCCUUAACCAGUCUGAAGUACACUUCUUUAAUGAUAUUGGUUACAAGCACGCUCCUUUUAUGCACUGUCCUAUCUCAAGAGAAUUGCAAAAGAAGUGCCAUUGUGAUGCAGGAGAAAACUUUGAUUUCACUGAGAGUUCUUGUAUGAGAAAGUGGAUUUCUGUUACAGAGUAGAAAAAACAACAACACCAACAACAAUAACAGCUCCAUCCUCCUCCUCACAGUAUUGAAAUAUCAAUAUUCCUUAGUCUCUGUACUAUCAUUAUCAUUUCACUUUAUAUAUAAAUAUCCACACACACACAUAUAUAUAUAUAUAUAUAUAUAUCAUUACAAUAGAACAUUCAAGUAGCUUGUUUUCUGUUUUUACUCUUCAUUACUUUUUUCUUCAAAAGGAAACAAAAGAUGAAAAUAAACAAGUAGACCUUUUUUUUUUUAUAAAAAAAACUAAAAACUAAAAACCAAAUAAACAACAGCAAAAAUAUAUAUAUAUAUAUCUUUGUGAAUUGACCUGU